UUACCAAACAAUUAAUAAUAAGACUUAUAUAUUGUUUGUUUAGAAACAAAAAUAGGAGGAUACAUCUGAGCGAGCGAGCGAGAGAGAGAGAGAGAGAUCGGAGAUGUGGGAAUCGAUUCUUUUAACGUUAGCAGCAACCGCCGGAAACAACAUCGGCAAAGUUCUUCAGAAAAAGGGCACCGUCAUUCUUCCUCCACUCUCUUUCAAGUUCAAGGUGAUAAGGGCAUAUGCUUUCAACAAAUCUUGGUUGGUUGGUUUUCUAAUGGAUAUCUUUGGAGCAAUGUUGAUGUUGAGGGCACUCUCUCAAGCUCCUGUAUCUGUCAUCCAACCAGUUUCUGGCUGUGGACUUGCUAUUCUUUCUAUCUUUUCGCAUUUUUACCUAAAGGAAGUCAUGAAUGCUAUUGACUGGAUGGGGAUUACUUUGGCGGGUAUUGGUACCAUAGGAGUCGGUGCUGGAGGUGAGGAGCAAGAUGCUACUUCCAUAUCUAUUUUACAUUUACCAUGGCUGGCAUUCAUUGUUGCCAUCUUGUUUGUACUUCUUAAUGGAUGGCUUCGGAUUUACAGACGCCAACGAAGAGAACAGGAGAUGAUGGAAUUUGAAGUUGUUGAAGAAAUUAUAUAUGGCUUGGAAUCUGGCAUUUUGUUUGGGAUGGCAUCUGUAAUAUCAAAGAUGGGAUUUGUAUUUUUUGAGCAGGGCUUCCAUAGCAUGCUGGUACCGAUCUGCAUAUCAAUCAGUGUAUGUUGUAGCGGUACAGGAUUUUAUUAUCAGACUCGUGGUCUAAAGCAUGGGAGAGCGAUUGUAGUAUCCACAUGUGCAGCUGUUGCAUCAAUUGUGACUGGUGUUCUUGCUGGUAUGCUGGCAUUAGGUGAACGAUUGCCUUCAGCACCAACAGCUCGUUUUUCACUUCUGCUUGGAUGGUUACUCAUUAUUUUGGGCGUGAUUUUACUUGUGACUUCAACGCGGCUGCUUAGACACCUUCCACGGCCAUUACGUGAUUUUAUUCAAACUGGUGUUGACAGGAAUUUCAACCUUAGACGAUCCGGAUCUGCCCGUGUUAGGGAUACAAACCCAAGUGCUGUUAUCCAGGCAGCAACAUUACAUUCUUUGAUAUCAUCCCCUUCUAAAGAGAAGGCUUGAAUUGACAACGAUGGGGAGAUUGUUGCAUACACAACUAUGUUAAGAUUCUUGUUGACAGGCUUGUACAUGGCAUGAAAAGUAGCUCCAUUUGGUCUCUAAUUGAGGUUGGGGUGUAUAGUACCGUUCAUCUGCUCAUUCGUUUUUAGAGGUUGAAAUUUUUUUUAGAUCAUUCCUUCUGUCAGACAUCUCUUACUAGAUAUAUUGUUGUACCUGUUUGAAACUCUUGCCUCCUACAUUCCAUAUAGUCUCAAGUUUUUGUUUUUUGUUUUUUUUGGUUACUUCAAGGAUGAUGAUCUUAGUGACUAGAUAUGGAAUGGUAAACAGGCUUUGGUUCACGUGCAAGUGACUUGAGGCAGAAUGAUUUCAAGCUCUUUUUUUUGAACAGUGGGGGCAAUAUACUAGCUAUUUUCCAUCAAGUAAUGCUGAAACAAUUGUUUUACAAUUA